AUGAUCGUCGGAUGCGAGUUCAUGGAACAGCACCCGGGUGUCCUUUGGGAUCAGCAACCCCCGAGUAGGAAGGUGCUCCUAGCAGUCCAGCCCAGAAUGAAGAAAGGAGAAUCUGAGCAGAUUGCUGCGAAUAGAUCGCGCGCAGAUCAGCAGGCAGCUGCCGUCGCCCGAGAAGGCAGCAAAUAA